GAUCAGCGCUGGAUGCGCAUCUCGGAAACUUUUUCUGGGCAGGCUUUGGCCAACGCUAUUCAUCACCAAAACAUGGAGGCAUCAAUGCGAGGAAUAGCUAGGAGAGCAGGCUCGCUUGCUGCCGUAGCUGGCAGAUCAAGGCAACAACCAUACAGAUGUUUGUCAUGCUCUAUGCGAAUGGCUCAGCAAGAGCAACGAGCUCACAACGAUGCCCCAAAGACGACUCAUUUUGGUUUCGAGACCAUCGCUGAAGGGUUGAAGCAAGGAAAGGUCGCAUCCGUCUUCUCCUCCGUCGCGUCAUCGUACGACACCAUGAAUGAUCUGAUGUCUCUCGGUAUCCAUCGCCUCUGGAAAGACGACUUCGUUCGUGGUCUCAAUCCCGGCAUAAACCCCCUCAUCUCGUCUUCUGGCGAGCCACAAGGUCUCAACAUACUUGACAUCGCAGGCGGCACUGGCGACAUCGCUUUCCGCCUCCUCGAUCAUUGCACCAAGGUACACAAUGACACGACCUCUCGCGUCACCGUGGCCGAUAUCAAUCCCGACAUGCUCGCAGAAGGGAUGAAACGAGCUAGGGACAGCGAGUACAGGAACACCGGCAGAUUAAAUUUCAUUGAGGCCAACGCCGAAAAGCUGGAUAUGAUCGAGAGCAAUAGUGUUGAUCUUUAUACAGUCGCUUUCGGUAUCAGGAAUUUCACGUCCAUUCCUAACGCGCUACGUGAAGCCUACCGCGUGCUCAAACCGGGCGGUGUGUUCGCCUGCCUUGAGUUCAGCAAGGUCCAGAACCCUGCAUUUGACUACGUGUACAAGAGGUGGAGUUUCUCCGCCAUCCCAUUAAUCGGGCAGAUUGUUGCUGGCGACCGAGACAGCUACCAAUAUCUUGUGGAAAGUAUCGAGCGCUUCCCGAGCCAGGAAGAGUUCAGGGAUCUGAUUAAGGAUGCCGGAUUUUUGAUACCGGGUGAGAAAGAAGGCGGAAAAGGAGAAGGUUGGGAGAAUUUGACCAAUGGUAUCGCUGCUAUACAUAAAGGCGUGAAGCCUUUGUAGUAGCUCUGUGAUGGAGCUGGGCAGUAUUCUGCGCCAAGAGUUUGUAUAAAAACGUAGAUUGUACAACAGUUAAUACUGACGAGAAAAUCCGGCUUGUAGGGUCGCGCAACAAAAUUCUUUGCAUUUUAUCAUCGAGCGCGAAAAAAAUAGAGAGCAUGCUAGAGGUAAUCACGACUUUAGCAAAGUUCGUACUUGCAGAACCUUCCACGUUUGCCAAAGGCAAAAGAGCAGUUGCUCCACCAAGGACCCUCAAUUUCAGCUUUCAUCGUUUCUUG